CGUCAGCGCUCUUUCGCGUCUAUGCCCCUUUCAUUUGAUCCUGCAGGUGGCUCCCCAUUGCCUUCUAGUUACUCCGUGGGGCGAUGCAAUUGAGCACCGUAGCGCCAAUUGCUGGCGUGGCGCACGCAACUGCGACCAUUCAAUAUUAACGUCGGCGCAAUAGACUCUACGGGGCGUAUCGGUCGGUACGUUUCUCUCAGGCCGACCGGCAUCGCGAAUGCCGGAAAAUGCGAAUGAUAAUGUCGAAUGUGGCGUCCGUCGCCAGAAAUGAAAUAUUUUAAGUACGAAUGGGAAAACACGAGAUGAAUCGCUGAGUGUGCAGCAACAAAAAAAAGACCCCAAACCGAUUCGUCCUAUUCCUCAUUCGAACCAAUCAAUCCCUCAAACACGAUUUCAACAUGUCGGGAACCACCAUCCGCAAGGCCGUCAUUACAGAGUUUGGUGAUGCAUCCAAAGUUUAUAUCAUCCAAGACACCAUCACCCCCCCUCCCAAGAACCAUGUGCAGGUAGCGACCAUCUACUCCGGCUUCUCUGGAGCCGACAUCAACAUGCGCAGGGGGGUCUACCCGCUGCAGAACAAAGCUCCGCUCACACCUGGCUACUGUCUCGUCGGCAUCGUCAAGACCAACGGUCCCGGAGCGUCCAAGUUCGCAGCUGGGGAAAUCGUCGCUUGUCUUACUGUAUAUGACGCGGAGGCCGACUUGGUGAACCUACCGGAGAAGUACCUCAUCAAAGUCCCUGCAGGCAUCGACUUACAGCAGGCCACCGCCCUGGUCCUGGAUUGGAACACGGCGUACGCCAUGGUCUUCGAGUCCGCCAAGGUGGCUGCGGGCCAACGAGUCUUCAUCCACGGCGUCAGCGGGGCCGUCGGCUAUGCCCUUAUGACGCUAUGCCAAAUGCAGGGCGCCCAUGUAUACGGCACGGCAUCGGAGCGGAACCACGAGGUCGCCCGUGCACAGGGUGCUACGCCGUUUGUUUACACCGACAAGAACUGGAUCAAGACAAUGAAGGACCUCGGCGGGGCGGAUGCUGUGUUCGAUCCUUUGGGGUUCGAGAGCUGGGACGAGUCGUUUUCCAUCUUGUCACCUACUGGCAUCCUUGUCGGUUACGGCGGGAACCUGCAAGCGCUUAACGAUAAUGGCGAAAGCCGGUCGGUUGUCAUGCCCACUGUGAAACUACUGGCGCGGGGUAUGGUUCCCUUUUGCGGCAAGAGGACUCAGUUCUACUACAUCGCCCGAGACCACGCGACGUUCGAGCCAAACUUGAAGACGCUGUUUGAUUUGCUGGCCAAGGGGAAGAUUACGGUGCCAAUCAAAAAGGUUUGGGAGCUCGAAGAUAUCCAACAAGCUCAUCGCCAAUGGACAAGCACGCCGGGCGUGGGGUCGUCGCUUGUGCGCUUGUCGGAUCUCAAGGAGUAGGAUUGAAUAUGCCAUGAAGAUAGUUAGAUUUCCUACAGUCACAUUUGAUGAGAUCUAAUGAAUAAUCCCGUAUUCUUACC